AGAAGUGUACGAGGAACCUGUAAACGCACCGUUAUACUUUUACUUUCGGGACUUUCUAAUCUCGAUUCCCCUCAAGUGAAAGGAAACAUUUGUGACAUCUGUGCGAAGGAUUGAAGAAACACUCCAGGGUUUAUUUACUGAAUUCAGUCGUGAGGGUGUCGAGGACUAAACAAUAAACAUGUGGCUGCUCGUGUUCGUCGGUUCUUUGGCGAGUGCAGGAACGCUCGUGAGUGCCCAGUGUUCAGCUGAGAUCAGCCCCAAAAGCAUUGUGGUGGAAUACGGACACUCGUUCUCUGUCAACUGCAGCUCAUCAUUCAACCAGAUAGCUGGGAUGGGCUGGGAGUCUAAACAAAAUGGCAUACCAUUAACACCAGGGGUCACCUCUCUUACCUUAGUGAUCCCGUCUGUUAGUCUGUGGAAACUGUCUCCGCAGUGCUACGUCAAUCUCAAUGAUAAAUCUCAGUGCACAAAACGCCUGCCAGUCACCGUGUACAAAAUGCCAGACAGUGUGUCCAUGCCACAGCUAAGUCAACCGGGUUCUAUGGUGGAGGGCGAACAGCGUUCCCUGAAGUGUAUUGUUACCAACGUUGCACCAGCCAGAAACCUCUCUUUACUUUUUCACAAAGGAAAUAAGAUAGUCUCCACUAAUACAUUUAGUGUUGCCAGCCUGGAGCCAGUCAAUGUAUCAGCAGUUUACGAUCUGAUCGCCCAUAGAGCUGAUAACGGGGCUCGGAUCUGGUGUGAAGCCAAACUUAACUUCUUGACACCAGGACUACAAGAUACCUCAAAGCUUUCAGCACCACAAGAAUUGAUUGUACAGUACCCACCAACCUUCGACCAGCCUGAAAAUGAGACCCUGGAAGUUCCAGCUGUUGAUAAAAUAAUUUUAAAUUGCAGUGCGACAGGAAACCCAGCCCUGGAGUACAGUUGGCAUUCCCCACCACCCGUACAACAGACUGACAUGAAUCCAAAUAAGAAUCAACUCAUCCUAGCCCGGUCCCAUCAGUUUCCAGGGACCUACAGCUGCACAGCAUCUAACCCCCAGGGCACCACGACCAAAUACUUCACCUUAGUCGAAGCUCCAAGGAAUCGAACAACCUUUGCAGCCAUAGUUGGAGCGCUUGGGUUCCUGGGAGUCGUCCUCAUCCUUGCUGGUCUGUAUUUUGUGAAAGCCGAUGGCACAUGUUCACUCAACAAAGGCAGCUAUCAACCUACCUCAUCAGGACCAGUAUAAGGCUCACUUUUUGUGAACAUUUUGCAUGGCUUCGCAAUCAAUUUGAUCCUUUUUAUUGUUUUGGUGAACAUGCUUCUUAAAGAUCUAUGGGUUGGGUGUCCUCUGCAUGCUCAGUUGGUGGACAGCUGCUUUUGCAUUACCGCCGUAGCUUUAAGAUGACAUAAUCCCAUCAGCUAUCUGCAAAGCUCCACUAAUCAAAAUUUUUGCAUUAACAAAAGAGUAUGUCAAAUGCACUCUAGAAAGCAGGGUACGCAGGUCAUCGACAUGGAGUUUUAAUGCCUUGUAAUAACCUGGUGUACAUGCAGCAGGUCAGUAAUCAUGAUCUUUCCCCGAUGCCUAUUUUGGAAGCAAAUGUUACCUUGUGAGUCUGUUGUUGUUACAAUAUCUAUCUAAUAUCUUUCUAUUUGCGAAAUGUGUUUGUGUGCCUGUGUCGGAUACAAAGUUUCAAUACAAUGGAAACUUCUCACACUACUUUGUUGUAGCUCGAUUGAGUCUGACUUCGUCUGUAAUUGUUUCUCUAUUUUCUCCACCGCCGGGCCUGAAAUCCCCUGCACAUGUCAAAAUCUGGACUGUAACAAGGGUGCAUGUAAACACUGACUGAAUCAAAUCCUUGUUGCACUUAUGCUGAGCUAUUUUAUUUUUGUGCUUGUUUAGGCUCAUUUUUUGAGUUUUAUGGAAGAUUAACUGAAAUAUUUGGUCCUUGUCUGUACUAUUGCACGUAUGUUUUUGAAUUCAUAAUUUCUUUGUUCUUUAAAGAAUCUCCAUUCACACAACAUUUGUUUAAAAAAAAAAAUGACUUUAAACACUCAAACAACCAUGCUGGGCCAGUGGUCGUUGGACAUCAACCAUCCUUUCAACAUUGUGAGAAUGCUCAGUGAGCUGCGUUCCAAUUAGCAGUGAGCAAGGCAGACACCUUUGAAGGCCAGUAAUGCUAAAUGUAGCUACUGAUUUGCAAUUAGACGUAGCAGUGGUAACAAAACGUCCUGCGGAGGAUCUCCGGAGAAUCGGGUCCAGACUUUCUCAACUGUUUUCCAUUCACACAACACAGCAGGAGACUUUAUACCAGGGGGCUAAGCAGAGAAGGUCCGGAGGAACUCCAGAGGCUCUCACUCUGACAUUCGCUUUAAACACACACGUCCUCCAGAGGAUCUCCGGAGUUCUGUGCAUGUCUGAAAGCAGCUUUAGAGAAAGUGGUAUAUAACCGCCAUGGUUAUUGUUGAUACACUAAUAUACACUAAUACACUAACCAACAGUAGAUAUGCCCAAAAUAAGUUCUGACAUCAUUGUUUCCGAAACACAGUUAUACACGUACACACGAAACCUGUACUUUGGAAGGUGUUUUGGAAAAUCUCUAUUAGACAGUGACAUAAAUGCUAUUUGCUUGUGGACGAGAGGCCCAAACAGAGGAAUACAUUCACUUUGCCAAAUAUCCACAUUAGUGUGGACAGAGACUCGCUCUUAUCUGCACUGACCAGCAGUUUGCAGCACAGAAAGUUCUGAUAGACCCACUUCUGUUACCACUCAAGCACAAAAUGACAAAGAUGGCAACUAUUAUGAUGAUUAGUAUGAACUUGAAAAUGGACUGCACAUUGGUACUAAAACAGAGUUAAAAGAAGAAUAUAUAUUGCAAUAUUACUAUAUAUAUGUUCAGGAAAGUGGGUUUGUCAGCUUUGUGCAAAGUUCUUCUGUCUCUGUGUUAUAAGACCAAGGCCAAAUGGAGGGUUUUAUCCACUCAGGUACAUUUUGUUCCUUUUUUUUAAACUGAAUACCCCGAUUACACUACAGUAAUUGCUCAAUGGUGCUUUAAAUAACAUAUUUCUAUUUUUGUAAUUACUGUAGUCAGUUUUGGAUUGCUCAUUUUAUUCUCUGUAAAUUUGUAUUACCAUGUGAUUUUCUUUUUUUUUUAAAUGUAUACAAUGGUACAGCUCUAGAAUGUUGAAUUAUAAUUGCACUGAGAUUGUCUGUGCCAUUUUUUUUUUUUUACAAUAUCAUACGUGAUGCUUUAUUGAAAUUGAACUCAUGACCCACUAGAUCCUGAAGUCUGUCUGAUGUACGAGUAAAGAUUCUUGAAAAAAAUGCCAAAGGCUGGUUUUCGUUUGUCAACCUCAUUGUUCUAAAAAAAAAUUCUGGUCGAGAACAUGAGGUAUCGUCAUGCAUAAGAUAAAACAAGCUGCUCCGUCAGGGACAUCCUUUGGCAGAAUACUGAUUGAGGCGAAGUCAAACCAGUGUAGUUCUUGACUAUUUUGUUUCCCUGCCACCUUUUGUCAACCAGAGUGUCCCCCCUUCUCUCUCUCUCUCUCUCUCUCUCUCUCUCUCUCUCUCUCUCUCUCUCUCUCUCUCUCUCUCUCUCUCUCUCUCUCUCUCUCUCAUUCAAUCUGGCUUGCAUUAUACAGUGCUGAGGCUGCCAUACUAAUUAGCACUGAACAAAGUGAAUGUAAAGGAGAGUGUUUGUUAUCCUGCACUCGGUUGCCAAUAUAAACCUAUUUUUUUUUCUUUUCUGAAA